CAGAAACAAGCCGGUGGCUCCCAGAGCGGUCGGGGCGGGCGCGGCGGGAGCCCCCAGCGCAGCGCGGAGCGGAGCGCGGAGCCCACCUGCCCCCCGAGAGUCGCCACCGCCGCCCUGACACCUUCCCCCCCGCGCACAAAGACACUAUAUAUAUAUAUAUACACACACAUAUAUAUAUAUAUUUUUUUCUCCCUCCCCCUGACUUUUCCUCCAGGACUUUUCCACCGCCUUGGGACACUCGCAAACUUAUCCCUUUCUCCCUCUUUCCCUCUCACCCCUCCUGUGCUGGUGGUUUUGGGUUUGUUUUUUUGUUUUUUGCUUUUGUUUUUGGGAAGACUGCCUGCCUUUUGGGCUCCUGUGCCCCAGCGGAGAGGCCGGGAGCGGCUCCGGCAGCGCGGGCAGCACCUCCCCGGCGCACCGCGUGGGAGCCCCGCGGCGCGGAGCGGAGCGGCGCGGCGCGGCGCGGCCCGGCGCGGCUCGGCUCGGCGCUCGCCGCCGAUAAUGCAGAGCUACAAGUACGACAAGGCGAUCGCGCCGGAGAGCAAGAAUGGGGGCAGCCCGGCGCUGAACAACAACCCGGCCAAGGGCAGCAGCAAGAAAGCCCUGCUCAUCUGCCUCGACUGCCUCUGCCUCGUCAUGGCUGGAUUGCCCUUCCUGAUCAUUGAAACGAGCACAAUCCAACCCUACCAGCGGGGCUUUUACUGCGACGAUGACAGUAUCAAGUACCCUCUUAAAACGAUGGAGACGAUCAACGAUGCAGUGCUGUGUGCUGCAGGCAUCCUCAUUACCAUCCUCGCUAUUAUAACGGGAGAGCUCUACCGGGUCCACUACUUGAAGGAGAAGUCGCGAUCCUUCAUCCAGAACCCGUACGUGGCGGCGCUGUACAAGCAGGUGGGCUGCUUCGUUUUCGGCUGUGCCAUCAGCCAGUCCUUCACAGACAUUGCCAAAGUGUCCGUCGGGCGCUUGAGACCUCAUUUCCUGGACGUUUGCGAUCUUGAUUUCUCGACGGUCAACUGCGCCAAGGGAGUUUACAUCCAGAACUACACCUGUAGGGGAAGCGACAGCAAAGUCCAGGAAGCCAGGAAGUCCUUCUUCUCGGGGCACGCGUCCUUCUCCCUCUACACCAUGCUUUAUUUGGUGUUUUAUCUGCAGGCCAGAUUCACGUGGAAGGGCGCCCGGCUGCUUCGCCCCCUCCUCCAGUUCACGCUCAUCAUGAUGGCGUUUUACACGGGACUGUCCCGCGUGUCCGACCACAAGCACCACCCCUCCGACGUGCUGGCGGGGUUUGCGCAGGGCGCCCUGGUGGCUUACUGCGUGGUGUUUUAUGUCUCAGAUCUCUUCAAACCCAAGACAAAGACUUGCCUGCCUCCACCCCCCAUCCGGAAGGAGAUCCUUUCGCCUGUGGACAUCAUUGAACGGAAUAACCAUCACAACAUGGUGUAGACCUCUGAAAAAAUCCGAUUUGUUUUUUAUUUUAAAUUUUUUUUUUGGUUUUUUUUUUGCAAAAAUGACUGCUGACAGCAACUACCUGCUGCUCUCAAAUCUCAUCAGACAGUAGAAUGUAGGGAGAGACUUUUUGGCCCGACCAGCGAAGUCUUACUCUGUGGUCUUUCCAACUGGCGACAUUUGGAUGAAAGGGGGGUUGUUCAGCUGAGUCGAAAGCAACAGCGAGAAGCAAAACAAAACGAAACAAAACAAACAAACAAAAAAAAGCCGAACAAACCAAGAGAGGUGCCGGAGUUCUGGAUGUGCAAUUGGUUUGAGUGUUCAUGUUGUAGUGAACGCCAAAUUGUUCAUAGCGUAAUGAACACUAAACGAUUUUGUAGAGCUGGCCAUCUUAGGUUUUUUACUCUGAAGAUUUCCAAUGCCUGUGCGAAAAAACACACAAAAAAACCCAACUCACAGCUAAAUUAUAGAGCACUAUAUACAAGACACAGCACUGAGUCAAGAUUUGGGAUUGGUGUAUAAGAGUUGCUUUUUUUUUUUUCUUUUUAAUAUUUUUUUCCUCCUCCAUU